GCGCUCUCAAGGGGCGCUGCGCGCAGGUUCCGGAGGCUUCUGGGUAGCGAAUUAUCCCCGCCCCCCGCACCGGCGCCUUCCUUUCCGUGCCUAACGCCGCCGAAGUCGCACGCGCGAGGCUUCUCCGCCGCCGCCAAGAUGCGCUACGUUGCCUCCUACCUGCUGGCCGCUCUCGGGGGCAAUUCCUCCCCCAACGCCAAGGACAUCAAGAAGAUCCUGGACAGCGUGGGCAUCGAGGCAGACGACGACCGGCUCAACAAGGUCAUCAGUGAGCUGAACGGAAAGAACAUCGAGGACGUCAUUGCCCAGGGUAUUGGCAAGCUGGCCAGCGUGCCAGCUGGCGGGGCUGUGGCCGUCUCUGCUGCCCCAGGAGCUGCAGCUCCUGCUGUGGGUUCUGCCCCAGCCGCAGAGGAGAAGAAGGAGGAGAAAAAGGAGGAGUCAGAAGAGUCAGAUGACGACAUGGGGUUCGGCUUGUUUGACUAGAGCCCACACCCGUGCAAAUAAAAACCUGUUGACGUA